AUGCGGCCCCGUCGCCUACCCCGUGGCCCCGGCGCCGCCCUUUCUCGGCCUCGACGCCGCCCUUCCCGACCCGGCCCAGCCUCUGCUGGCCCCAUCGCCUCCCUUGCGGCCCCGGCGCCGCCCUUUCCCGGCCCCGACACCUCCCUUCCCGGCCCCGGGCCAGCCCUUGCUGGCCCCGUCACCUACCUGCGGCCCCGGCGCUGCCCUUCCCGAGCCGCCUGUGACGCCGAGCUGCCGAGCCGCAUCAUGGCUACCCCUAGUGUCCUCGCUUUUGACGCUGAGGGUCGGGCUAUUGACUUUGACGUCUGGCUAGAUGAUCUGCAGCUUUUCCUACAGUGCAAUAGGGCGGACGGUCUCUCUCUCUUUGACCUCACCUCGGGUGCCUCUCCUGCCCGUGCUGCUGAUGCUGACGCCACUGUUCGCUCACAGUGGGCCACGCGCGAUGCUGCUGCACGUCUUGCUGUGCGUCGCCACCUGCCUACCUCCGAGCGUGCGCACUUUAGCCAGUACAAGAGUGCUCAGACCUUGUACGACGCUGUAGUUGCACGCUACUCCUCCCCUGCCACUGCUGCACUGAGCCGCCUCAUACUACCGUACCUCUUCCCUGACCUUGCUGCGUUUCCCACAGUCGCUGACCUCAUUACGCACCUCCGCACUAGUGACACUCGCUACCGCGCUACGCUUCCUGCUAAGUUCUGCGCCGAGAACCCCCCCCCCCCCCCCAUGUACAUCACUCUCUACUACAUAGUCACCCGCCUCCCUGACUCCCUUCGCGUAGUCAGGGACCACUUCCUCUCAAUUUGCCCCACCACUCUCACCGUUGACCUCCUCGAGAAGGCCCUCCUAGCAGCGGAGAAGAGCAUAGUCGCUGUAGGAGCCUCUCGUGGUGACCCUCGCACCCCCAUCUUUGAGGGGUGUUCCCCCUCCCCCCUUUUGCCCUCUGUUGCCUCUACUGCGGCGGCCGACCUCGUUGGGCUUGAGUCGGUCGGUGCGGCGUCUCCCGCUAGGGGAGAUGCCGCCCUGGCAAGGGCAAGGGGGGCAGGGGCGCUGGAGGAGCGGGCGGGGGCGGUGGAGGCGGCGGUGGAGGCGGCGGAGGGAGUGGGGGUGGCGGUGGGGGUGGUGGCGGGGGUGGAGGUGUCGGUGGCAGCUGUGGAGGCGGAGGCGGCGGCGGUGGCGGUGGGAGCGGAGGUGGUGGCGGCAGUGGCGGCGGUGGAGGAGGCGGUGGCGGAGGCGGUGGAGCUGGUCGGGGUGGCGCUGCGCAGAGGGUCGGCUCCGGUGGUGGUCAGCGCCAGCAGCAACAGCAGCAGCAGCGCACUCGUGACAUCCCCCCCCCCUCAGCAGCUCUGUGAGUGGUACGCUGCACGUUGUCAGAAUAAUAUAUAA